AUGGCUGCCUGCAGCCUUCCUUUGGGACUGUGGCUGCUGCUGCUGCUCCAGGACAGCCAGACAUCCCCACAGACAUCAUUAACUCCAUCUCAUUCCUGUGACACGCGAGAGAAUUGGAUCUAUGAUGAAACAUCACAAAACUGCUGUUACCAGUGUCCCCCAGGCUAUGUUAAAAAGAAAGCAUGUCCUCAGAAUCCAGCAGACUGCCUGACAUGUGGACCUGAUCAGUAUCUGAGAAAUGAAUCCAAAAAGCCACAAUGUGAUGCCUGUGUGUCAUGCUCAAAAGACCUGGUGGAGAAGCAGCCGUGCUCCCUCAGCUCCAGCCGCGUGUGCGAGUGCCGGCCCGGCCUGUUCUGCCAGGUGCCCGUGAAGGACAGCUGCUCCCGCUGCCAGCAGCACUCUGCCUGCAAACCCGGCUUUGGGGUCAAAAUCAGGGGCACCGCAGCAAAUGAUGUGACUUGUGAAGAGUGCCCUCCUGGGACCUUCUCUGAUCAAAGCUCUAGCACUGACAUCUGCAAACCCCACACCAACUGUGCCAAGCUGAACAAAGUCACCCUAAGGAAAGGAAAUGCCACCCACGACCAAGUUUGCCUGGAGCAGCUGCCCACUUACCUCACUCCAAGCACUUUGUCCAUGAGAUUCAGCAAUGAAACAAACAACUUUGACCUGAGGAUUUUAAAGGAGAACCUGGUGACCUCAGCUAGUGGUGACCUUCCAAGUGUCACAACAACUGAAAAUCCCAGCUCAACUCCUGAGGAGAAACCUCAGGCUCCCACCUCAGCCAAGGGGGAGAUGACAACAGGAGGUGUGGUGCUGUGGGCAGUGGUUUUCUCCCUGGCAGUGCUGCUUGGGGCCAUGCUGGUGUUUUGGAAGUGGAAGGUUUGCAAGAAGAGGAUCCUGGUCCUCAGGAGAAAGCCACACCUGCACUCGGUCAUCGCACACAAAUACGUGCUCAAGCCUCCAGGUUCAGAUCUCGUGAACAAAUGUGCAAAGAUCAUACUGACCACAGAGAGUGGGCUGGAAGAGGAGGAGUUGAUUGAGAGAACCCUUCCUUUGGAAACCAACAAUAACUUGGUGUCCAGCCCAGAAAAAGCCCAGAGUCCUCCCUGGAGUGUGGCUGAGGUGGCACCAAGCAGUGGCAAUGCCCCAGAGUGCCCUGUGGAUCCUCGAGUCAGAGACCACACAAAUAACAGAAUUGAAAAACUCUACAUCAUGAAGGCUGACACUGUUAUCGUGGGGUCUGUCUCAGAGGUGCCCAGCGGCAAGAACUGUGCUGUCAAAGGUUGUGAAAAUACCCUUGAUGCCCAGGAAAACCCAGAAGAGGAGCUGGAAAUGCACUACCCAGAGCAGGAAACAGAGUCUUUUCCAGGGAAUGAUGUCUUGGUGCCUGUGGAAGAGGAGGGAAAGGAAUUUCACCACCCCACCACUGCCACUGAGAAGUGA